CGGCGGUCUCAAACCCUAAUUAGAAGAGUCGAAAACGUCGGAGUUGGGCGGCGAAGAUGACUUUCAAGCGCAGAAACGGCGGACGCAACAAGCACGGCAGAGGUCACGUGAACUUCAUCCGCUGCUCCAACUGCGGAAAGUGUUGCCCUAAGGACAAGGCUAUCAAGAGGUUUCUUGUGAGGAAUAUAGUGGAGCAAGCUGCUGUGAGGGAUGUGCAAGAGGCGUGUGCCUUUGAUGGAUACACACUUCCGAAGCUGUAUAUUAAGGUGCAGUAUUGUGUCUCCUGCGCAAUCCACUCGAAGGUUGUCAGGGUGAGGUCUCGCACUGAUAGGAGGAACCGAGAGCCACCACAGCGCUUCAGACGCCGGUUUCUGGAAUGUCUGGGGCUGCAAGUGAGAAAUUGUCCUGAUAAUUUCAUACUUCAGAUCCUUGAAUGA